AUGAGUGGCGACAAUCCCGGUACCGGAGAUCCUGGAGGUGGAAAACCUGAACCUACUCCACCCCCAACCCCACCUCCACCACCACCUCCACCACCACCACCUUCCGGAAAUGUUGACAAUGGGCUACUCAAACCGGAGAACAAUAUCGUAGUCGUUCGGAUAACCAUGAUCUACAUGCAAUUAAAUGAACUCAUCAAUAAUAUGUCACGCUCUCAUUCUUACAUCAUGAAAGGAGUUUUAAUGGGCACCUUUCUGGCAUCCGUGUUCGGACUAAACAAACCCGGUGCGACUGUGGUCAUUGGAGCAAAAAACUUGGUGAACAAAGCGUCCAGAAAGCUGAGCGGGUCAAAUGUCACUGGCUAUUUCGCAAAUUUAGUUGAAGCGAUUGUUGAAGCUGUGGAGCAAUACGGCUUGUAUUACGUGGUCCAGUGGGCUGUGGAUGCUGCUCUCUGUUUGGAGGAUGACAAUUGCGAGGAAAGCGAUCCAUAUCUCGGAACCAUACAAGAAUUGAAAAUAGCCAAAUGUGGACACGAGCCUUACUCUCAAGGGCUGAUUCAGAGCAAUCCAUCGUAUUGUCAUCUACUUUUUAAUUGCAUCCCAUUCUUCGUUCUACUAUUUGGAGUAGCCUUACUCUACGCAUUUGUCAAAUAUUUUGGAGGCGAUGAUGAACCACCACCACCUCCCCCUCCAACUCGUCCACAAACUCGCAAUAAUGUUGAGCUACCUCGACCAGUUGUCACACCUUCAAAUCCACCUCGACCAGUUGUCGCACCCCCAAAUCCACCUCGACCAAUCGUUACACCCACAAAUCCACCUCGACCAAUCGCCGGACCUCCAAAGACACCCCCACCCGGACGCCCACCAAGUCUUCAGCACAUCAAUAUCGAGUGCCCGACUUGCAAGAAGGGAGGCUUUGCUGAAUACCCCAAUCCAACUCCUACCAUUUGCAAAUAUUGUGCCCCACCCAAACCUGGACCUUCUACAGAUCUUUUUAUACAUUCACCUCCAAAAAGUGCAAAUCAAUUAUAUUUUUCCUCUCCAUUUCGUCAAUUUUCCCAGUGCAACCCCCCACAAGGGACUUCUUCAUUUUCUCAAUGCUACCAUCUCUUCGCCAACGUGAGGCUUCCUCCCAUUAACUCAUCGCUUCUAACGGCGUCAAACACUAAUGCAUUGGCAUGUUCCAUCAAUACAAAUAUGGUGCCUAAAAGCGUGGAGCAUGGUGCUGGAGACGGUCCGAAUAUCAGUGAAGACUGUUCCAUGACAGAUGAAGAGUUACAUCAUAAUAUCAUAGCCACAGUCCAGAAACAAAUUUCUGAAAUCAUGGCUCAAUUAACAUCAUCGAUGUGUUUAGAAUGUCAUACCAACCUUGCUUCAACUUCCCUUUGCCCUUGUCCAAAUUGUAACCGGAUUCAUGGGCCAAAUUGAAAAAAAUGAGGAGAUUUGCCAUGUGACUAUGAUGUACGUAUAUGCAUUAAAUUACAGACCACGAAGACACCACUAUCACGCCAGCGAUGAAGAAGAAGAUGACGCGUUGAAUUGAAUGAACUGACCAACCGUCGUGCUUUUUCCUUUGUCUGUGAAGGAAGAAGAUGUGCAAGAAAACGGCUAUUGUUUCAUUCAGUAAAUUACCUAUAUCCAUUUCGAUGCUGUUUUGUAACAGUAACUUUAUUAUUUAAAAAUAUUUUACUAUUAAGUAAUGUUAUCAAUUGUCUCGUGUACCAAAUAAAUUUCGUCUAAUUAAAAUAUC